AAUCCAACUUUAGACUCCUCCCCCUCCCCCAACAUGGCGGAAGCCCGCCACGGGCGUCUUCUGGCUACUCUGCGUGCUGACGGCGUGUGACCAACGAAGACUCGUUGUGUGUGUCUUGUUGUCGCUGUUUUUUUCUCUUUGAUUUCCUCUCUUUUUUUUUUUUUUGUUUCUGGCUUGAGAUGAAGAAGCUCCCGAAUUGGCUGUGCGCGCGUACGCGUCGACGCGCGCGCGACGGCUGCGACGCGGCGGUGUCGGCGGCAACGACAGCAGCGAGAAGACAACAAUGAGCACUUGGGCCACUUUGGGAACACUUUGGGAGACUUUUGGCCGCCACCGGCAGCCGGGCGACAAUUGACAAAGGAUGGAUGGGCUGAACAACAGGGAGCGCGACAAGCUGCCGCCCAUUUCCAGCGCCCCGGCACGCAAGUCCAAGCCUCCGCUGCCGUCCCUGGGGAGCCUCAUCGACACGCUCAACCACAGACGGGCUCGGUUGAGGGACGGCGAGAUGGCCGCCGCGCCGCUAGGCUUCAAGCACGUGUGCGAGCUUCCUCCGAUCGGCAGCCUGGCCCGUCUGAAGCAGCGAACGUCCAUCGAUACUUUGCCGCCGGAGGUCAAAGCGCCGUUCCCGUGUGACCCCGUCAUCCCGCUGCGCACCAAGACCACCAAAGACUUCCUCGAGGAAGCAGAGCGCGCGGCGCUGUCGGGCGACUGGCGUGAGCUUCGAGAUUUCUACCUGACGACCUUUGACUCUUUCAUUGAACUGAACGCGGCCUUCAAGCGAGAAGCCAACGCCUCCUUUGACACCAUCGAAGACUCGGGAGUCAACGCCAAGUUCGUCAACGCCGUCUACGACUCGCUGCUCCAAACUCCUGAGGACAUCCAAAAGUCGGUGCUGAAGGGAAUCAUCAACAGUCUUCUGAGGGAGUGGAAAGGGCCUCGGACUAAAGAUGACCUGCGUGCGUACUUCAUCCUGGUUCAGAACCCCCAGUAUUCCAGCACCAGCACCUACGUGAUCUACGCUCACCUCUUGAGGCAGAUGGCCUCCCUGUCCGAGGCCGAUCAUCACUUCCUGGUGCACUGGCUGAAAAAGUUGUCCGGCCGGCGCUUCCGUCAGCCGGUGGAGCGCCUCCUGCAGUUCAUCUCCACUCGCCUUUUUCCCGCCGAGCCCGACGAGCUUCCUCCCGCCUCCAAGUGCUCCUGGUGGAUCCCGUCGGCCACCAAAGUGCUCGCUCUGUUCAACGCGGCCAACAGCGUGUCGUCUCCUCCCAUCAUGCCCUUCACCGACUUCUACAAUAUCACGCUGGAGCACAUCGACUUCAUGGAGGAGUACAGAACCUGGCAGAGCUACGGAAACUCCAGCAGGUUCUCCUUCUGCCAGUUUCCCUUCAUCCUGUCCACGGCGGUGAAGAAGGCCAUCAUCCAGAAGGACUCGGAGCAGCAGAUGAUCAGCCAGGCCAGGCAAAGCCUGGUGAGCAAAGUGUCGCGACGGCAGCGCGUGGACAUGAACCUCCUCUUCCUCAACAUCAAAGUGCGACGGGCGCAACUCCUCGCCGACUCGCUGGAUGAGUUGAGCAGGAAGCGCUGCGACCUGAAGAAGAAACUGCGUGUGACCUUUGUCGGGGAGGCGGGCCUGGACAUGGGCGGCCUGACCAAGGAGUGGUUCCUGCUGCUCGUCCGACGGAUCUUCCACGACGACUACGGCAUGUUCACAUACAUGAAGGAGUCUCGCUGUCAUUGGUUCAGCAGCUGGAAGUGUGACAGCAACUACUCCGAGUUUCAGCUCAUCGGGACUCUGAUGGGCUUGGCAGUUUACAACAGCAUCGCUCUGGACAUCCACUUCCCACUCUACUGUUACAGGAAGCUGCUGACUCCGCCCACCGCACCGUGUGACCCGAAUGCCCCCGUCGGCAUGGCGACCGCCACCUUGGACGACCUGCAGCAGAUCAUGCCGGAGCUGGCUCACGGUUUGGAGGAGCUGCUGAAUUUCGACGGGAACGUGGAGGAAGACGUGUGCCUCACUUUCCAGGUGUCGCAGGAGGAAAUGGGCGUGGUCAAGUCAUACAACCUGAAGCCAGGAGGAGACAAGAUUGUUGUCACCAAACACAACCGCAAGGAGUACGUGCAGCUGUACGUGGACUUCCUGCUGAAUAAAUCCAUCUGCAAGCAGUUUGCCGCCUUCUACCACGGCUUCCACAGCGUCUGCGCCUCCGAUGCCCUCAUGCUGCUUCGUCCCGAGGAAGUGGAGAUGUUGGUGUGCGGCAGCCCUCAGCUGGACAUGAGCGCCCUGCAGAAAGCCGCGCACUACGAAGGAUACGGCAAGAGCGACGCCACCAUCAGGAAUUUCUGGGAGGUGGUCCUGUCGUUCCCCGUGGAUCUUCAAAAGAAACUUCUGCACUUUGCAACAGGAAGCGACCGCAUCCCCGUGGGAGGGAUGGCCGAGCUCAACUUCAAAAUCUCCAAGAUCGAUGCGCCCACCGACUGGCUUCCCGUGUCGCACACGUGUUUCAAUCAGAUCUGCUUGCCGCCAUAUCGCAGCAAGAAGGAGCUCAAACACAAGCUCACCAUCGCCAUCUCCAACGCGGAGGGCUUCGGCCUCGAGUGACUUUCUCCUCUCCUUCCCUCUCCGGUUGGGCACUAGCUAGCCAUUUUAGCGUUCCUGAGUGCUCUUUGUUUUGCUACUUUUAUUUAAACGGACAAUUUGGUAACUUUGCUUUUAUUUAUCGAGAUCGUACUUAAGCGCCUGAACAAGUUAGCGCCGCAAGCGUAUCGCAGUAUCGCCGCGUUCCUCAAGGUGAAAUGGCGAGUCGGAAAAUGUAAAUCCAGCUAAGCUACGUGCUGAGAAAGUUAGCAGCUAUUGUGCGAAAUGUCACCAGUCUGACGUUUUGUUUUGUUUUGGUUUUUUCCCCCGAGAGUUUGACAUUGUGGUGUGUUUAGACGCUGCAGCAGCACAAGCCUUUUGAUUAGGAACUGUUUGAGUGACAGCUGCAACACUAAUGCCUUUUAGCUUUAGCAUUAGCUUAUCAGCGCAAAAAGAGCAGACGAUGAUGACGUCCUGGCAACUCGAAGCAGAAUACGAAAUGUAUGACGACAAUCUGACCACUCGAACCAGACAGCUGGAAUCCGGUUAGAAUGUGACAACCGCAACCUGACGAGUAGCGAUGGCUGACCCUCACCUGACUUGUUCCCGACAACUACAAGCUGACGACUACAAGAACCUGACAACUCGAAGCUGACAGGACUGCAGACCUGGACCCCGACAAGGAACUGAAGACUCCUUUGUCGAUGUUUGACAUGGUACCGUGUUGAAGAAGCACACGCUGCAGGACACGCCUUAGCUUUAGCAUUAGCUUAGCUUAGCAGUAGACGGAGUGCAUCGUAAGGAGGAGAAAGCGCAAAAUAAAGCAGGGAGGGGUAAAGAAUCAGCACCGUCGCCCCGCAAACUGUGGCUGGCCCUCAGCUGCCCUGCCGGCCCGGUUUCCAUGGUAACGUGCGCAAGUUCCCAAAGCGGCACUGGUGGCCGGGAGCCAAAGUGGAUAAUGUGGGUCGCAACGUGGCCCCAACCCAUGGAGCCUCCAGCACCCCCCCUAAUAACAAGCGGCUUAAUCUCAAAGGUUCUUUGUCUCUUUCACUCCAUGGGAGUCCCCAAGUGAGCGCUACAACACGAGCGCCGGAAACUGCCGACGAGAAAAUGGCGGCUCGAACCCGAUGACCACAAAAUAACACAGCCAAAAAAAUUGACUACUAGAAGUCAGCGACUAGAACUUGACAACCUGACAGCGAGACGCAAAUGACGGGUUGAAGCUGACAACUAGUACCUGGUGACUAGAAGAUGUCUGUCUCGGCAUUUGUUGUUGUUGUUAGCAAAGAGAAUAUAGUUGCGUUGAGACUAGUGUGUGUUCACCUCCUGCGUGCUGUCGUCGAUGAUGUUGAAAGUUUGACAUUAAAAGUCUUGGUUGAA